AUGGAGUGGCAGAUGCAAAUUGCGCGGGGAGAAGGUCUUUACGGCAGGAGAUGCACCUCACCGCUAGCCCCUGAGAAACCCAAGCCGGGCUUGCAGGUACAAGGUAAUCAACUGGGAUCCACCUCGCGUGAUACAUCCUUAAGCCGAGAGGAUGAGCUACGCCGAGAAGCACGAAGCAAAGAGCGACAAGCACAAGAGCAAGAGUUGGCCGCCGCCCUCGAAAAGGACAAGAAAGCACUAGAGGCACGUAAAAUGCUCAAUGAUGCAAGAUUCGGUGAAAGACUCCGCGCACUAGAAAAGCCAGUGCAUGAAAACUCCACCACCACCACCGACAAAAUCAAAACCGAGCACGAGAGAGAUAUUCUAAGAAGACAAUCGAUCUAUAGAAGUAAGAUGGAUAAGCAGUAUGAAGCUCUUCAGAAGAAACUGAAGCUUGUGCGUGCGGGAAUCGAGCCACAGAAGCUUCUUGAAGAUCAGGAUUUGCAGAACCUAGAGGCCAAACUGGAAGAGGAGUACAAGACGAAGCUGAUGGAGUUAAGGACUCUGUGGGAGAACGAGGACUUGGCAGCCAAAGAAGGUCAGCAUGAGUCCUUGCAAAAGACCCGUGAACCUUCGAACUUGCAAUCACGCCACCCCGUCUCAGCAAAGCUUGAAAACCCUUUACACGCUCGGCGCCUGAAUUCCCAACAGCCUUCGUCGUCGACCUCCCCAAGCGCCCUUCCGUUUCGUGGCGUUCUUAGCGGACAUAUCGAAAAGGGGACAACUGGAGAAUAUACGCUGAAGUCGCUGGUGGCGAAAGAAAACGCUCCUCCAACUUCAGGUGCUCCAAAGGAAUCAUUUGUCCAGUUGUCGAAGAACGACCUUUUGAAUCUCAAACGAAGGGAGCGCCAACUUGGAACGGAGCCCUUUUCAACAUACCUACUAAGUGAUGCAUGUUACAGCUCGCUCUCGCGCCAACCCAUCCCACCAUCGGCUGAAUGGUACAGAGACCCAAGAAAUCAUCUGAAGUGGAACAGUAGUAUCAAGGACCUAAAGGACAUAAUUUGCCAGGGCCUCGCAAUCUCUCCAGCCGGCUUCGACGAUCUCCAUAUUCGCUUGGUACAAUCUGGCAAAAGUUUCGGCUUUGGCCUCGACCCCAGUCCACAAUUGGUGGUCGAACAAGUACAUCUCUGUGCCGAACACAACGCCAUUCGGGUAUUAAAAAGCAAUGAUUUCAGAUUUGUUGACACAAAGUGGUUCGAUGAUACAUUGAGAGCCUUGCUAUUUCAAAUCCGCAUUCAAGCCAUACGUCUGGAUAGAGUGUACCCCAUCAAGCAGGUGCAAUACUACGAGAAAGAUGGUUCGCUUUUUAUAUGGAAUUCUGAUAGCAGUGAGAUGAAACUACACCUUAAAUAUCAAGACUGCUUCAAACUCUUCACGCAGGAUAAAAAGCUGGCUAAGCAAUUCGAAUACUGUUUUUUGCGCCCAAGACAUGUAGAGAAAUUUUUCUACAAUCCUACGAACAACAUAGCCUAUUUCCGUCGUCCCAUCGAGGGUGGAAAAGGAAAUAACAAUCUCUGGCUAGAGUUUGACACUGCAGAAACCUUAAAGGCUUUUGUGGAGGUUUAUACCAAAGGAUGGCCAGAGCAGAUUGCCCUCUCCCGAGAUUUCUUGUUUUUCCCCCGCUAG